UAUAAUGGGAAAAUUUUGGACAACACUUGGCUCUCGGACGAUGCACAGUUAGCAUUACACUUUAACAAACCCCCUCAUAAAUUAACUGAAUGUGGAAUAGAAUUAGAAGUCUCAGAACAAGGAUUUGCCACAACAAUAAAAUCGACAAGACCUAAAAGAAGCUUAAACACUGAAAAACUGGGUAUAGUAACUUCGCCUGAAAUGGCUGCUGAACUACGUAUCUUGACACACAACUAGCCGAAACACUAACAUUUGCCUUUACUCACUCACUUAAAGCACUCUGCGACCAUUUAGAAGAAGUAAAAAGAUGGGCACUAGCCUCGCUUAUUUCUAAUCCCACUGAACUUGCAAGAAUAAUAUUUGGAAAUAAUUAUUUAAUUGCAAAACGUGAAGGCUCCUCUUUAUUGAGAAUUUGGCCAUGUAUUGCACUAAAAGAAGAAGAAUUUAAUUUUAUUCCAACUAACUUAGAAGAAUGUUUUGAACUCAUUCCCAUUCAACUAACUACUGAAAAUCAAACACAUUUGGCGUUCUUAGACCCAACGACAAUGAUAGUUCAACCAACAUCAAAGAAAGCACCAUGUGCACAAUUUAAAAAUAUAAUUUUAGAACUAAAUCAUGAAACUUUAGAAAUUAAUCAACUAACUGGGGAAGUAAAAACGGUCCAUCCAAGAUUAAUUAAAAAGAAUGAAUUAAGGGCAUUUGACAUACCAGAAAUUAAGGCCCACUCAUUUCAUCAACUAGUCUUAGUAAACCUAACAGACAUUAACACGCACACUUACAUGACUAAUUUUGCCAAACUUAGUGAACUCUCAUACAGAAUUGAAAAUAAAGACAUGAUUAUAACUAAAACACUGUCAGAACAGUGGAAAGAAGCAAGCAUGAAUUUAACAAAAGAAGUAUUAGGUGAUUAUACUUGGGCUUGGAAAGCCGACUACUAAUUGGGAAGAAUGUACUUA